CGCAAAACAGUUCUCGUCUAUGCCGCCAUGAGAACCACUUUCGCCCUCUAGACACCGCACCCACUUCGACUUCGGCCUGGUGGCGAUGAGGUCUGCUCUCGUCUCAUUCCCUGUCGCCCAAAGCACCGCGUGAACGACGCUGAUCGCGCCUGCCCUGCUCCCAGCAGUAUUGUUGGCGUCUGUGACGGGACAAUAUGCUGGGGCUCCUUCUCAUUCUCCUUCACUCCGACCAUCAGUGCUGCGACGCCAUCCCAGGAGAUUGAGUACUGGAUUGACCUGGCAAAUCCGCCUUGCGACUUGCUUUCUAAGCGAAUGAGCAUCGUGACCAAGGCACACUAUACUAUACACCAAACACGCAAACAGCUUGCGCUGCCGCCUAAGCCCGCAGUUUCUGAGACAUCGACUGCGGCGUCCGUGGACCAGAUUUACUAACCCACUCUUAUGAAUACCUCGCUCGCCUCGCCCCAUCACCGAGAUCUGAGGCUCUGUCGCAAUUCUACAUGACGACAAUGGCGUCGCUGCCAUCAUCUGCGUCCCACGAUCACCACCCCAGCCGGCCUCGACCUCGCAACAUCCAGCUUACACGGAGUUCGAGCCAUGAUCAACCCAAGACCGCCGACCUCAAUCGACCACUGCCCCCGCCUCCUGUCACUGCUGCGGCCGAGACAUUUGAGAUUCCUACCCUGCGUCGAAAACCCCUCCCUGAUUCACCAGAUUCUGGUACCGCAAAGCUCAACCACAGUCGUUCCUUCAGUCACCCCUUCCCGUCCAUCUUUGGUUCCAAAAAGGCGGAGAAGAAGAACAAGCAUGGCAUUGACUUUGAUGGAGCACGCGAUACUCGGCACGAAGAAGGAAAUAUGAAGCAACAUGCCGCUGAAGCGUCCGUGCCACGGGGUGAUCGCCAGCCCGUCACCGGGAAGUGUAUGACCUGCGAUUCAACCGUCCGGUGGCCGCAAGGGCUUAAGGUGUUCCGAUGCACAACCUGUCUGACUAUCAACGAUCUUGAAUACAACCCCGAGACCAAAGAUGAUGCCCAAGCAUCGGCAGCUGGGCCCUCGUCCCAGCGCAAAGUCGUCCCUAUGUCGGUCGAGAGGACGAGAACCCUGCUUGAUCGCUGUCUCAGACACUACCUCGAGUCUCGUAUUGAGCACGACGAGGCUUUUACACCUACGCACUCAAUUCCGAUCGAAAAUCACUCGCCAGCCGAGGACUCCUUUCUGUUGGACGGAACCCCGCCAGAAGGCGUCUUGUAUGGACAGUUCAACGACGAACAGGACUCUCCGCCACCUUCGCCGCACCUCGGUAUAAAACCACGAAGCCCUUCAGAGGAGUCCAACCUGUCUCCCCGUUACCCCAUAAGGCAUGGCGGGCCAUCCUUUGUUCAAGGUCAUCCUACCGACCCCUUCAACUCGUUCGCACCGACCCACCACAGGCCCCAGGACGCCAGAGGACGCCAAUCUUCUGAGCCUGUACAGCAUUCAGCCACGUUACUCAGAUCUGAUGUUUUUCGUCUAGUUGAAAACUAUAUUGCUGGCUGUUUCGUCGGAUGUGCCACGUUAAACCAGUCUUUCCUCACCCCCCGACCGCCUCAAGAACAUAAACCUAGGUCCGGUUCAGGAACACAACAAAGGCGACAAUUAUCUGAACCAGCUUCUGCUCCAGUGGUCGAACCUGACGUCUUCUUGUCCGAGCUUGACGCCAAAACUUUGCUUCUUGGCGACGUUGCGGAGAACGGGUCGUGGUGGUUGGGCGCCCCGAGUGGCCGUGUGGCCAUGUCAGGAAAGGAACCUCAUCAUCAGCGAGACAGGUCGCCAGAAAAGACCCGCAGUUCCGCAAGUGCGAGAAAUCCUAGGAUCAAUUGGCUCGAACUUGCCGAAUGGUAUCGUCUAGUCAUAUACGCAGGCGAUCUUUGGGAACAACGGUGGCACGAACUGAGGUCGAGGUUGACAGAUCCCAAGGCACAGCAGCGCUGGCAUUCGACCUCUUUGGAGAGUAUUCAGCGAGAUAUCAUUGAGUCCCGAAUACACCUACAGCGGAGCUUAUUGAAGAUUACAGAGAAUCUCUUGAAACGGCCCAGGCAACCGUUGAAGCAUCCCGAGGAUUGUCGAUUCUUGUUGAUGCUUCUGGCUAACCCGUUGUUGACACCUGCGAGACUGGAGACAGGAAAGAUGUUUGGGGUUACAAUACCCCAUCCACCCAUACCUGGGGGAAAACAAGUUGACGACAAAGCCCGUGACUCGCCGUCGAAACGUGUUCCAAGCAAUGGCAGACGACCGGGAAGUCUCGGCCACCAUUCCGGCAUAAUAAAGCGGAUAUUAGGCCUGAUGGCCAAUCUCUCGAACGAAAACCACCAAUAUCUUGUGUCAUGGUUUUCUAGAUACUCUGACGGCCACUUCCAAAGGACGGUGGAGAUGGUGGGCAGUUUCGUAAGUUACAGACUGUCUCGACAACAGAAAAUGCCUGCCCACGAACUCAUCAAUCCCACGGAGGGGCUGGUUCCCAGCUUCUCUGACUCUGGGAUGCACCACGCCUCUCAAAUUCACGCUGCACUAGGAGGCAGACCUUCUUCCACUUCGGCAGGCAAGUCUGACGGGAAGCCCAAGCUGUCUUCAUACGGUGAAGAUUGGCAAAUCCGCGUGGCCGCAAGGGUCAUGGCCUUGCUGUUCCACGCGAAUGUGGGUCACACUGCGCGGAAGAGGGAUGCCUUUGCGGCGCACGAGCAAAGGCUGCAGAGUCCAGGUCUCAAUGCCAAGUAUCACGCGUACUCUCAUGGUCAGAUCAUACCGAUCAGCAACUUCUACAACACGAUGCUAGACUAUGCAGAUCUUGUGGCCGACUUUGAAACUUGGGAGACAACCAAGACAAAGUUUACCUUCUGCCAAUAUCCUUUUUUUCUGAGCAUAUAUGCGAAAAUCCACAUCCUCGAGCACGAUGCCCGAAGGCAGAUGGAAAUCAAAGCAAGGGAGGCCUUCUUUGACAGCAUUCUCAGUCGCAAAGCUGUCAGCCAGUACCUCAUCCUCAAAGUUCGACGAGAAUGUCUGGUUGAGGAUAGUCUCCGAAGCGUUUCUGAGGUGGUCGGAUCUGGCGGCAGUGACAUCAAGAAAGGCCUGCGCAUCGAUUUUCAGGGAGAAGAAGGGGUCGAUGCAGGCGGUCUCCGCAAGGAAUGGUUCCUGUUGCUGGUGAGAGAGAUAUUUGAUCCUCAUCACGGCCUGUUCGUUUAUGACGACGAUUCUCUAUACUGCUACUUCAACCCCUUUUGCUUCGAAUCCUCUGAGCAGUUCUUCCUGGUUGGGGUGUUGGUCGGACUGGCCAUUUACAACUCGACUAUUUUGGACGUGGCGUUCCCUCCAUUCGUGUUCAAGAAGAUGUUAGCUUCAGCGCCUUCAACCAGCGACAAGUUGUCAUCGAUUCCCAAGGUUGGCCACGGGUUCACCCUCGAAGAUUUGGCCGAGUUCCGACCUGCUUUGGCGCGAGGCUUCAGGCAGCUGCUCGAAUUUGAGGGCGACGUUGAGGAGACGUUCUGUCGCGACUUUGUGGCUGAAAUGGACCGCUAUGGCGAUGUUGUUCAGGUGCCUCUGUGUCCCGGCGGCGAGAAACGAGCAGUGACCAACUCGAAUCGACGAGAAUUUGUCGAUCUCUACAUCCAUUAUCUGCUCGACACGGCUGUGGCGAGACAGUACGAACCGUUUAAACGCGGCUUCUUCACUGUCUGUGGAGGCAAUGCGCUAUCCUUGUUCCGACCCGAAGAGAUCGAACUUCUCGUACGAGGUUCUGAUGAACCACUUGACAUCGCUAGCUUGCGCGCGGUUGCAACAUACGAAGGCUGGCCCAAGCAGGAAGGACCGCCCGAACAGCAACCCCAGGUCGUCUGGUUUUGGGACUUUUUCGCACGCGUAUCACCCGUGGAUCAACGGAAAAUCCUGAGCUUCAUUACCGCAAGCGAUCGGAUUCCGGCCAUGGGAGCCACAAACCUGGUAAUCCGCAUCCAGUUAAUUCGCGCCAAGGAGGAGAUGGAUGACUUUGGAAGGCCAACAAAUAAACCGGUGGAGAGAUUUCCCAUCGCGAGAACAUGCUUUAAUACUCUGAGUCUGUAUCGGUAUGCGUCGAGGGAGAAGUUGGAAGAGAAGCUCUGGAUGGCGGUGCAGGGGAGUGAAGGAUUCGGUUUGAAGUAGAUCCUGUGGUUAUGCACUGGGCUGAUACACGAUAUGGGCGAGACAAGUGGCGGAUGCGAAGGAACGGAGAUGGAGCUCACCAUGCUCUCUGUGUUGGAUCAUGUUUCACGCAUUUCUCUGGGUUUGAUUCGGGAGCGUCGGCGCUGGUGGGGGAAAUCUGCGAGCUGAAGCAUUUGACCGGCCCCGCAGAUUCAUUGGGAAACAGGCGCAGCUUGUCAGCGCCGUAGGGGAACGAAGUCGGGAAUUUUGGACUCGCUCGAUGGUUUCUCUUAUACGGGCACCUCGACCAGGAGCAUUCUGUGGCGCCGCAUGGCUUUGCACGCUGGUUCCAUUGGGUCCAGCAGGGGGGCAAUGAAAGACACCUCUGGCUCUGGGAUAUAAGAAAAGUAGAACCAUUCAUGCUGUCACGAGUAUAGGAAUGCAUAGCGAUCACAGCAUUGUUUCCCGGCCCGUAGACGAGCGGCUAGAAAAAUGCCAGUGUUAUUUAAUCGACGUGGCUUAGUGAUGGGUAUAUGGAUAUACCUUGUGGGUGUUUGGAUGUGGCAGUCGGUGGCCAUAGG